GCAGACUGCUGUUUUCCCGGAACUGGUAGGCGGAGUCUUCUGGGGUUGAGCCUUCGCCUCCCCACCCCCCGCUCCCCAUUCCUUUCUUCAGUAUCGGGGCGGAUCGGGAGUGGUCAUAGUCUGUCGCUUCUUCCCAGUGUGCUCUGGGCUCUUAGUCAUCGCCGCCGUUGUGCCUGUGAAUGUUGCGCGAGAUUGUUUUUGUAAAUGCAGUUUUGCUUCUGUUCCUCUCUUUAGAGGAGAGGUUUUCCAAGGAGGAGAAACAGUAGAUCUGGUUUGCCUUCCUCUGCAUGGGAUCUUUUGGUGCUCUUUGAAGUCUGCAGCGAGCGUCUCCCAAAGGGAAACUUGUGUUGGAUAUCAAAUCGCCUCGAUCAGAACCUAAGGGAAGGCUGGUGGAAGCGGGAGGUGGACAGCUAAGGGCGGGAAACUAGGAGAGGAAUGACCGGCGAGAGACGCUGCGCAACGGAGGGGGAGACUGGUUGCGGCAACUGCAGGGAAAGUCGGUAAAUGGAGAAGUUGGGAGUCGGAGCCGAGGGGAGGCCUGAAGGCGGUAAGGGAGGAGAGUCCGGAGCAGACGCAAGUCUGGCGAGAGAGAGAGAAAGCGAGCUGGGGCGCUGUAGCUUGGAGAGCCAAACUCUUGGGAUGUGAUGCCCAGCGGGAGUUGCGAGGAGGGGGCUCGCAGAAGGAUUGGGGCGCGUUCGCUCUCAUUCUUGCGGGGAGCCCAAGAAACGGGUCCAGGAUCGGAGAGAAUACUGCCUAUUCUGGGAUUGUUUUGUGCCCCUUGAGUGGGACGAGGGAGGCUCCGCUGCCGUUGGAGACUCCGAAGGAUCAGCACGGGCACUUGGGCCUUUGCCCGAGCCGAGACGGACUUGAGGGCUGCAGCCGGCCGCACGAGGAUGAACGGCGGAGGCCUCAGCAGCAGCGGGGAGGCGAGCUGGUCGCCCUCCUCCAUCAGCUGCACGCUGCCCACCAUUUCCUCCAACAAGCUCCCGGAUCUGCGCUUCAUCAGCCGGGGCACCUACGGCACCGUGUCUUCGGCGCGGCAUGCGGACUGGAGGAUCCCAGUGGCUGUCAAGUGUCUGCAGGGCCCACUGCUGGAGAGUGACAGAAAGAGUCUCUUAAAAGAAGCUGAAAUUUUACACCAAGCAAGAUUCAGCUACAUUCUUCCAAUCCUAGGAAUUUGCAAUGAACCUGAAUUUCUGGGAAUAGUGACAGAAUAUAUGCCAAAUGGAUCAUUAAACCAACUUUUACAUGGAAAAUAUAUCUAUCCUGACAUUGCUUGGCCCCUGAGGUUUCGCAUGCUGUAUGAAAUAGCUUUGGGAGUGAACUAUCUUCAUAACAUGAGUCCACCCCUUUUGCACCAUGAUUUGAAGACACAGAAUAUUUUACUUGACAGUGAGUUUCACGUUAAGAUUGCAGAUUUUGGUUUGUCAAAAUGGCGCAUGGUAUCCAUUUCACAGUCACGAGGAGAAAAAACUAUGUCUGAGGGAGGGACUAUUAUCUACAUGCCACCUGAAGAUUAUAAUCCUAAUCAAAAAACACGGGCAAGUGCAAAGCAUGAUAUAUACAGCUAUGCCAUUAUUAUGUGGGAAGUGUUGGCAAGAAAACAGCCUUUUGAAGAUGUUAUAAACCCCUUGCAGAUUAUGUAUACCGUGAUGCAAGGAAAGCGUCCAGACACUAGUGAAGAAUAUUUACCACUUCACAUUCCUCACCGAGAACUGAUGAAGACAUUAAUACAAAAUAGCUGGGCACAAAACCCAGAGGAAAGGCCUUCUUUUUCAAAAUGCUUAAUAGAGCUUGAACCAGUGCUGAGAACAUUUGAUGAGAUACCUAUGCUGCAAGCAGUGAUACAGUUAAAGAAGGCCAAAGCACAGUAUGAGUGGCAAUGUCUUCACGUAUCGAGCAAGAUGCCCAGUGAUGAGUCAAUAUCUCUUAACAUCCCAGUAAAUCCUAGUUCACAACAGGAAGCAUGUGAUUCUUUACUCCUAAGUGACGGACUUCCUCUACGAAGCAUUCCCCCAGAAAUUUCAGAAUGUUGUUCUGCAUCGCAAUACAAUAUGCUUUCAGAAGGUAGUGAUGAUACUUAUAGUGGGCCAAAUUCGCUGGUUACAUUAAAGAAAAAUAAUUCACCAUCCCCAAGUACUCAUUCUUAUGAAUCUCAACAAAGCUUCUCUUCAUCUGCCAGUUCUAAUUCUUCAAAUUCUUCAUUGCAAUUGCUGUCGCCAGCAAGAAUGAAUUCAGAUCUUAUAAUGAAGACUGUGCGCCAUGGUAUUGCUCAUCAGUGGAUCCAAAGUAAAAGAGAGGAAAUUGUUGACCAAAUGACUGAAGCUUGUCUUAACCAGUGUUUGGAUGCCCUCUUAUCAAGGGAUUUAAUCCUGAAAGAGGAUUAUGAACUUAUCAGCACCAAACCUACAAGGACAUCAAGAGUCAGGCAACUGCUUGAUACUACAGAUAGCCAAGGAGAGGAAGUUGCUAAAAUUAUAGUGCAAAAACUGAAAGACAACAAGCAAAUGGGCCUUCAGCCUUACCCAAAUAUAUCUGCUGUGAAUAAAACUACAUCUCUGAAUUUAUCAAAGACAGAGUAAAGGACUCAUAAUUCUUUCUGACAAGUAGGAUUCUUGUUUCUGAAACGUCAUUUUAAAAUGUUUUGCCUUAUUGUUCUAGUAUGGAGUUCUAAAAAACAAAGUCUGGUAAGUGAAAGUAUGGUAUACUAUUGUCAUUGUCAUUUUAAACCUUAAAAAUAUUUUUACACCAAACAUUUGGAAUUUGAUACAUAUAUGUUUUGUGGAACUACAUAGAGCGGAAAUAUAUUAAAUAUUAUGAAAAUA